AUGCGUAAAGGAAUCAGAGGGCUUUCUUUUAAAGGAACAGAUGAAAAACUAGGCUCAAGAUCCAAUGGACUUUUUUUGGGAAGCCUUGAACUGAUAAGCCAAUUUAAUCCGUUUCUAGCUCAACACCUUUCAAAAUAUGGAAACAAAGGCAAGGGAAAUGGGUCUUAUAUAUCGCCGGAUGUAUGCGAUGAAUUCAUCGAAUCCAUGAGAAAACUUGUGUUCAAACAAAUUUUGGAUGUAGUGCAUGAAGCAAGAUACUAUUCCAUAACUCUGGAUUCUACCCCUGACACGUCCCACACGGAUUAG